CUGAGUAGUAGUAGUUAAAUCGGAAGUGUGGAGUCAGUUGCUUAAAUCUUUCAGCUUUUUUUAAACCUUAAAUUUAAUUGAAUCUCAUCAGGUUUUAAACUCAGGUUCAGUUAUUCUCUGAAAUUAGCGACAGAUUUAGACUUCAGAACAAAUCAAAGAAGCGCUGGAUGAUCAGUAAUAAUGACACGGAAAUGUCUGCUGUAACUGCAUCACGCUGCUCCGCUUUGCUGUUUGCUGUCGUCGUCGUGUUCGUCUCUGCAGAGCAGAAAAACAUCACAGCUCAGUCUGGACAGAACGUCACUCUGACAUGUCGAGCUCCAAACAACAACAUCUUAGCUGUGUACUGGAAGAACGCUGACCUGAAGCCAGAUUAUGUGCUUUUGUACCAGGAUGGUCUAUCUGAUCCAACACACCUGCAUCCAUCUUUUAAGAACCGGGUGGAUCUGCAGGACAGACAGAUGAAGGAUGGAGACGUGUCUUUGAUUCUGAAGAACGUGACGAUUAAUGACGCUGGAACAUACAAGUGUCAUGUGUUCAUGGCAGAAACAGACUCAUUGGAGAUUCCCAGCAUCAUCCACCUGGCUGUUGUUCCUGCAGAUCACCAGCAUCCAUCUUUUAAGAACCGGGUGGAUCUGCAGGAAAGACAGAUGAAGUAUGGAGACGUGUCUUUGAUUCUGAAGGAUGUGAGGAUCAAUGACACUGGAACAUACAUGUGUCGUGUCCUCAAUGAAAGAACCAGCUCAUUGAAGAUCAUCAGUAUCGUCUACUUGAGUGUUCCUCCAGGUGAGUGA